AUGAAAAAAGUAAUUACACUUUUAGCUUUAAUGGCUGCAGCUCAAAUUUAUGCCCAAGGUCAAGAAUGUAUAAAUUUAUCAGAGAAUGAAUGUCAUAGAAAUUCUUCAUGUGUACCAGUUAAUUUUAAAAAAUGUUGUGGUGAUCAACAAUUUGCAUGUUAUGAAGGCGAUUUUAAUAGUUGCCACUAUAUUACCAAAUGUUAUAAAUCAUCCAAGAGUCUAGAUGUUAUUGAAUCAACCAAUGAAUGUUAUAUUCCACCAGCAGGUUAUGAAUUAUUCGAGCCAGUUUCAUCAUGUACAAAUGAUGAAUUAAAACAUUGUUCAGAUCAAGGUAAACAAUGUAUUUUCAAGAGAAAUGAUUGUCCAAAUCCAACAUCGUGUUGUCCAGGUCAUGGUGUUUGUGAAGAUUUUAAUAGAAGUGAAAGCGGUAGUGGAAAUAAGGAACAAAUUUCAACUACUGGAAAUACUGGACCUCAAACUAGAGGAUUUACAAUUUCAGGUACAGGUGGUACAGGAUCAGUUCCAAUUGAUGCAUGUACAAAUGUUCUCUGUCAACAAGGUGAGCAUUGUGAAGUUGACCAAGAUGGAAGAGCACAUUGCUAUGUUAAUAUUGAAUCAAUUGGUACACUUCCAUUAGGUUGUUUAAAUGUUGUUUGUCAACCACACCAACAUUGUGAAAUUGAUAAAGAAUCAGGUUUAGCUCAUUGUGUAUUAGAUAUUAAUCCAAUAGGAUUCACUACAAUUGAUGCAUCUUCAACAGUUGCUGGAUCAUCUUCAACAACUGGUGGUAGUGGUGGUACAGGUUCAAAUGAUAUUUGUUCAAAUGUGCAUUGUCCAGAUAAUUAUCAUUGUGAAAUGAGACAAGAUGGAAAAGCACAAUGUGUAGCUGACAUAAAUGCAAUUGGCUUCACCACAAGUGGUGCCAGUACUAAUGGUUUAAUUCCACCAGCAUCAACUGGUUGGAGUGAUGUUUGUUCAAAUGUAAUUUGUCCACCAGGUUAUUAUUGUCAAAAGAAUGAACAAACUGGUAAAGCAGAUUGUUUAAAUUAUUCCUCAUCAACCACUGGUGGGGGUACAGGUUCAACAACAGGUUCCAUUGAUGUUUGUUCAAAUGUAAUUUGUCCACCAUAUUUCCAUUGUGAAAAGAAUGAUAAAGGUUGGGCCCAAUGCGCUGCUGAUAUCAAUGCUAUAGGUUUCUCAACUUCAAGUACUAAUGGACUUGUUUCAACCACUGGUUCAAAUGAUGUUUGCCAAAAUGUUCAUUGUCCACAAUUUUUCAAAUGUGAAAAGAAUGAAAAUGGUUUGGGUGAAUGUGUAUCAACACUUAUUCCAUUGUAA